AUGAAAGUAACAGAUACCGUCCCGGCUUUUUUCUACGGUCUUCCAAACAUGCAGAAAUCGAAUGUCUCACUACGGGCAAUAGUCGCCCUUGAAGGCAUCCCUACAUAUAAUUUGGCAAAGCGGAUAUACACAAAACUGAAAUUCCUCCAAGGCAACUCGAAUACCUCAGUUCAAUCAGAGUCUCAAUUCCUCCAAGACCUUCCGGGUCGGACGAUUCUGUCUGAUGAACUCAUUGACUCUUUCAAUGCGACUUUUGCAUUUACAAGUAUUCCACCGAAUCUGGCGCCCGAGGCUUGA